AUGCAUGGUGUGAAAUGCCCUCUCUUUGCACUGAAGGAUAGACAACCAGACACAGACGUUGGUGCUGCUGCUCCUCUUGUGCCGCGUCCAUGUGCACUAGAUGGCAAUGGGGAGAUGCAUGUGUUGAGUGGGUUGCUCCGUAUCUCGGUGAAGUUCCCAGCAGUGGCGCGCAUAGGGGCGCUCAGAAUCGCCCUGCCCACUGACCUGCGCCCCAAGGAGGCCCGGCAUGCCGUGCUGGUCACAGCGGAGAUAGCGGAGCAAAAGCUGGAGGUGCUCAAGAGGCGAGGGCAGUUGCACGUGCAGGCGGACCGGGCGGAGAUAGCGGAGCAAAAGCUGGAGGUGCUCAAGAGGCGAGGGGAGCUGCUGGCCGUUCAGCCUCGCUCCCUCUCUCUCUUCAAGUCCGAGCCAGGUCUCUCGGCUCAAAUCCAAGCUGAGAAACCGCUCACAGAUGCUCAAACGACUGCAAGUCGAGUGCCAGCUACGACUGCUGACAGCGGGGAGGGGGGAAUGGAGAUGUGUGGCACCAUAGGGAGUGCGGGCGGAGUACAUGAGGGAGGUGAAUUGGUGAGGGUGUUUGAACUCGGUUCUCCUCUAGCAUCCUUUGCCGGUUCUCGUGCAGCUGCUGUUACUCAUGCUGGGGUUGCAUCUCAAGGUGGUUACAAUGUGACUACGGCAGAAGAGGAAGAGCAACUUGCUGCUCCUGGCAGCAAGAGGUGGUGCUGCCGCUUCAGGAGCAGCAAGUUGCUCUUCCUCUAUUGUCGUGGUCACAUUGUAACCACCUUCAGAUGCAACCCCAGCAGGAGUAACAGCAGCUGCAGCACGAGAACUGGCAGAGGAUGCUAG